GACGGAAACAAAGAAGAAAAACCUAUUACCAAAAGGGAUUCGAACCGCUGACCUACUUCCAUCACUUCAAAUCAAAUUCUCUUUUCUCACUCCCUCAUAAUAAUUCUGCUCUCCUCUGACUUCGAUUCUUUUCUCCCAAUCCAAAAAAAAAAAAACUUAUCAAAAAUGAGCAAAAUCGAACUCAAAUUUCAUCUGCCGGAGACACUAAUUCCUCCUAAAUCUACUUCUGCUCAUAAUCUCUCCAUGACUCUAAGGCAAUCAGGAGCGUUUCCCAGACGAUUAAUCUUCAAUCUGGAGCUUUGGGCUUGCAUCCCUUGCAGCAGUUGGUGUAAUCGUACUCUCCGUACUAUGCAAUACUCCCUUGGCGAUGCUGCAACAUAAAUUUCAUAGUAAGCUCGUAGUGGCACAAGAUGAAAGGCUGAAGGCCGUAUCAGAGUCUACGGUGAACAUGAAGGUUUUGAAGCUUUAUGCUUGGGAGAUGAAUUUCAAAUCUGUUAUAGAAAGAUUACGGAAACAGGAGAUCAAGUUGUUGAAAGAUGUACAGCUGCUAAGAGGAUGCAAUUUAUGUCUUUCUUAUAUUUCGCCCAUAUUAGCUUCUUCUGCGACCUUUGUGGCUUGUUACUUUACCGGAAUUCCUCUGAAUGCUAGAAAUGUUUUCACAUUUUUAGCAACUCUAGGCAUUGUACAGGAACCUGUUGGCCUGUGUCCCGAAAUUAUCGAAAUGGUCAUUCACGCAAAAGUUGCAUUUAGACGGAUUAUCCAGUUUCUAGAAGCAGGGGAGAUAGAGUGCGAAAAUAUCCGUCAGAUGGAUUUUGGAGAGCAACACGAGCACGCCAUUAUAAUCGGUUCAGGUAAUCUGUCAUGGGAAGAGAAUCCUUCGCUCCCCACCUUAAGGAGCAUAAACCUAGAAGUUAAAGUUGGUGAGAAAGUGGCUAUAUGUGGAGAGGUUGGUGCAGGAAAAUCAACCCUUUUAGCAGCGCUACUUGGAGAACUUCCAAAAGUGGAGGGGACGGUUCAAGUUUAUGGAAAGAUAGCUUACGUUUCUCAGGUGGCAUGGAUCCAGUCUGGAAGUAUACAGGAUAAUAUUUUGUUUGGAUGCAGCAUGGAUGAGCAAAGAUAUCAAGAAACAAUAGAGAAGUGUUCACUGGUACAGGACCUUAAGAUGUUACCAUUUGGGGAUCUCACUGAAAUAGGAGAAAGAGGAAUCAACUUGAGUGGUGGCCAGAAACAACGUAUUCAACUUGCUCGUGCACUCUAUCAGGAUGCUGAUAUAUAUCUCCUUGAUGAUCCAUUUAGUGCAGUUGAUGCCCAUACUGCCAUAAGCAUAUUUAAUGACUACGUAAUUGGAGCUUUAUCAGGAAAGACUGUCCUGCUUGUUACUCACCAAGUGGAUUUCCUUCCUGCAUUUGAUUCUAUUUUGCUGAUGUCAAAUGGGGAAAUCCAACAAGCAGCUCCAUAUCAUAUGUUGCUAUCUUCGAGUCUAGCAUUUUGUGACCUUGUUAAUGCACACAAAGAUACAGCUAAUACUGAAAGACAUGUUAAUGCAACUUCUCCGGAUAAUUGGGAAACCUCUUGCGAAGAGACUGGGAUAAGUUAUUGUAUAAAUCAGGUAAAAGAAUCAGUUGAGCAUCAACUGAUUAGACAAGAAGAGAGAGAAACUGGAGAUAUUGGGUUGAAGCCAUAUUUUAAAUAUUUGAAUCAGAAGAGAUCCUUGUUUUACUUCUCCGUGGCUGUUCUAUGCCAAACCAUCUUUUUUGGAUGUCUGAUACUACAAAACUAUUGGUUAGCUGCUAAUAUUCAGAACCUCCGAAUCAGCAAAUUGCGACUUAUCCUGGUGUAUAUUCUGAUUGGAUGUAGCUCCAUGUUCUUUGUUGUCUUGAGGGCUCUAUUUGCAGUUGCCUUGGGUUUAAAGUCUUCAAAGUCGAUAUUUGAUCAGUUACUGAACUCUCUAUUUCAUGCACCACUAGCUUUUUAUGAGUCCACACCAUUGGGAAGGAUACUAAGCCGGGUCUCUUCUGAUUUGAAUGUCGUAGACGCUGAUCUCCCUGGCAGCAUUGUAAUGUCUGUUAUAAGUUUAAUCAAUACCUUUUCGUAUCUUGUAGUGCUGUCUGUUAUUACUUGGCAAGUUUUGCUAAUCUGCAUACCUACAGUGUAUUUGGCGAUUUUCUUACAGAGGUACUUCUCUGCUUCUAUAAAAGAGAUUGUGCGGAUUAAUGGGACAACCAAGUCUAUUCUGGCAAGCCAUCUCGGGGAAUCCAUAACAGGAUCUAUGACAAUUAGAGCUUAUGAGAAGGAACACCGAUUCUUUGCUGAUAAUCUUUCUUUCAUUGACAAAAAUGUUAGUACUUCUUUUCACAUUUAUUCUGCAAGCGAGUGGUUGAACCAGCGAUUGGAAAUACUUUGUAUCACUAUCCUCUGCUCCACAGCUCUCUUGCUGGUUUUGCUUCCAACAAAAACAUUUGGUCCUGGAUUUGUUGGAAUGGCACUGUCUUAUGGUCUUUCCUUGAACCAAUUACUUUUUUCAACGGUUCAACUCAACUGCACACUAGAGAAUGAUAUCAUUUCUGUAGAAAGGCUAAACCAGUACAUGCGCAUUCCUAGUGAAGCCCCAAAAGUCAUAUAUGGAAAUCGACCUGUGCCUGGUUGGCCUGCUGUUGGUAGAGUGGAGAUACAUAAUUUGGAGAUCAGGUACAGGACCAAUACUCCAAUUGUUUUAAAAGGGAUUAGUUGCAUAUUUGGAGGAGGGCACAGGAUUGGUAUUGUUGGUAGAACCGGCAGUGGGAAGUCAACUCUGAUAGGUGCUUUAUUUCGACUUGUAGAGCCAGUAGGGGGGAAAAUAAUCAUUGAUGGUGUUGACAUCUCCACAAUAGGGCUUUAUGAUCUACGGUCACGUUUAGGGAUCAUACCUCAAGAUCCCACACUCUUUAUCGGGACUGUUAGAUACAAUCUAGAUCCCCUCUCUCAACAUACGGACCAGGAAAUCUGGGAGGUUCUUGGUAAAUGUCAACUUCGAGAGUCUGUACAAGAGAAACAAGGCGGGUUGGAUAGUUUAGUUCAACAGGAUGGUAUAAACUGGAGCAUGGGACAGCGGCAAUUAUUUUGUUUAGGCCGAGCUCUGUUAAGAAGAAGUCAGAUAUUGGUCCUUGAUGAAGCUACUGCCUCCAUCGACAACGCUACAGACUCCAUUCUUCAGAAAACCAUACGGUCAGAAUUUGCGAGAUGUACAGUUAUAACAGUAGCCCAUCGAAUACCAACUGUGAUGGACAGUACCAUGGUUCUUGCCAUUAGUGAUGGAAAGAUAAUGGAAUACGAUGAACCAAUGAAGUUGAUGAAGGAAGAAGGAUCUUUAAUUGCACAGCUCGUAAAGGAAUACUGGUCUCACAUCCACUCUACAUAAUCAUUCUGUUAAUAUUGGGUGGAAGGGAGAUGGGUCGAAGAGAAAGACCAUAAAGGCCAGCACACGUGAAAGCAAUAUUUACAUCUCCAUUCCAAAUACCAUCAUCAUCGUCAUCACCUGGAAGAGAGAUGGGUCGAAGAGAAAGACCAUAAAGGCCAGCACACGUGGAAGCAAUAUUUAAAGAGACAAUGAGAAUGCACCGAGUGGUACCAUUAUUAGCACCACAUUGCACUACUGAAGAUGUGAAAAAUCAAUGUUUUUGGUAUUCAAUCCAAAACAAAUGCGUAUGUUAGCCUAUGGGUCGUCUUGAAAGAGAAACAGUGGAUCUGAAUGGGGGCAAUUUGGAUGUGUCCAGGUUAUACAUCAUAAAUGGUCGUUCAACCAGGAUUUUUAUUGGCAAUUUGCAGGAGAAAUGAAAGCUGGGAUUUGGGGGCUUUCACCACCCAGAAAAUUCCCAUUAACUGUUACCCCUCAGCCUCGUCUUCUUGAACUUCUUCAUCAGGUUGUUGGUUUCAAACACUAAAAAUUCAGGGACUCUUAUGGCUGUUCAAAACAUUUAGCAACUACAUCUUUUACGAUUUGUCUGGAAUGGAUGUAUGAGUGGCAAAAUACUUUACCAAUA